CUGAAGAUGUCUUUUGACGAGCAGCAGUGCAAGCAGCCAUGUGUGCCCCCUCCAUGUCUUCAAAAUACCCAAGAGCAGUGCCAGGCAAAGGCUGAGGAAGUGUGCCUCCCCCCAGGCCAGGACCCCUGCCAAGAGAAGUGCCUAGCCCAAGUUCAGGAGGUGGGUCUUCCUCAGUGCCAGGAGUUAAGCCAAGAAAACCGCCCACAGCAAGGCCUAGAUCCAUGCCUACCUCCAUGCCAAGACCAAUGCCUUCCUCAGUGUGUGGAGCCAUGCCAGGAGCUAUCCCAGACUAAAUGUGUAGAAAUUUUCCCACAGAAAUCCCAAGAGAAGUGCUCACCCCCUGGCAAAGGAAAGUAG